AAUAAUAAUAAAUAAGACAUCUUUAUAAUGCAAAGUAAAACCAUUGCAAAUAUUUGUGUGAACAAUCGAGUCCAUGUCCUUCCUGAGUUUGUAUGUAAAUCCACCACAAGACAUAUUUCACUGAACAACACCGCGGAUGUGAACAACUGGUUACGUAAAGAAUUUCCCAUCAUGCUUUGCGGCUUUGACAAAAAGCCCGAUGAGCAGCGCGGAGAGGAGAGGAGGCGACCAGCCGAGGGGGGGAGCCCAUUCCCGGACAGGCUCUUCUGUUCUUCGUCGUUACUAAAAACGUGACGGCGGCGGAUGAAAACCAGAAUAAAAGCAUCAUAAAACAUGGUGCCCGCUCCCACGGAAGCUCUCCCGUCGGGCCUGUGAGUGUCGGCCGGCUGCCUCUCCGGGGGAAUCCUGCUGUCUGAGUCCGUCCUGAGCCGCGAUGACAGCGGCUACAGCCACUCCGCAGGGGAUGAGAGACCGGCUGCUGCAGGCCGUCGACGGCCAGAGCAAUCAGAUAUGCAACAUGGUGGUAGUUAUGGAGGUGAUCUCCUAUUUGGAGAAAUAUCCUAUCACCAAAGAGGCACUGGAGGAAACCCGUCUUGGCAAGCUCAUCAACGAUGUCCGGAAGAAAACCAAGAAUGAGGACCUUGCAAAAAGGGCCAAGAAGCUCCUUCGGAACUGGCAGAAGCUAAUCGAGCCGGGGAAGGGCGAAGUGUUGUCCAAAGGACACAGCGCUGCAUCGUGGUCUUCCAAUGGUGGUGCUCAUCCCUGCAUCUCCACUCCAGCUGCCACAACACCAUCAGGUAAAACAGGAGCAGAGCUGAAGAACAGAAAUGACUUCAACAACUGCUCCUCCCCGAGGGUGGAGAAACCCAGCAACAGGAAACGUAAAGGGGACCAGAAGGAAGGACCGCUCCCACCAGCCAAGAUACCCAAAACGUCUCUGACUGAUAAAAUUCAAAACUCCAAACAACUGCCAACUAAUGGGAUUGGCGGUAGUUCUGACAUUUUUACAGAUACUCGUGCACAUCAGCCUUCAGACAGGGACAAUCCUGAGCCUUCGGACAAUGACAGGCUCAUUAAAAUCCCAGUCAAUGCUGUAAAACCUCAUCCAAGUGCCCCCGGACACAGCAAGCCUCCGAGCACUUCUUCUUUGCUAAAAGCAUCAGUUCUGCAGCAACAAGCCCGACAGGAGCAAGCGGUCUCUGGGGGGCAGCAUCGACCCAGAAGCCCGCGCUCCUUGCACAGUCCUCAAACUCCAAAGCAGGAAGCUGGUGUCAAACAAUCUUUAGCACAAGCACAGGGUCUCUCUUGCCCCACUGUGAAGCCUGGAUCUCUUGACACGUCUGGGCUGGGGCCUUCCACUCAUCCUCUCAACGGUUGUGUUCAGGGUUCACACACAGACAGUUCAGAUCUGGAUUCUCAGAGUCGGCCUCCCGGUAUGUUUCUCCACAGCUCGUACGCCUCCUCCUGCAGCGAUGUGGUUAGUCUGGAAGACGAUGGAGCUGUUGGCAAUAUAGAGAAAAGAAAAAGACAGAAAUACAGAGCGAAGGACCAUGUGAUCAAUUUAGAAGGACAGACUGUAGAAGACAGCACGAAACCAGUCAGGCUAAAAGACAGGAGGCUGACCUUUGACCCUGUAACAGGACAGAUCAAGUCCUCCUUCCAUAAGGAGUCUAGCCAGGAGGGGGGGGAGGUCACACCGGGCCACAGACCUGAACCUCAGUGGUCAGAGCAGCCCAAGCUGAAUGCACCAGUUCCUCCCAGUCCCUUCCAGCAGACGGACUGGAAGGAGCUGUCGCGGAGUGAAAUCAUCCAGUCGUACCUUAGCCAGCAGAGCAACGUGCUGACAUCAUCAGGCGCCCACACCCCCGGUGCACACUUCUUCAUGACAGAGUUCUUGAAAAAAGAGGAACACCGAAGUCCAGAUGUGAAGAACACUCACGCGCUGGCACCAGAGCUCCCAGCCAGGGAUUUACCGGGGGUCAGCAGAGAAAUCAUCAACGAAGACCUGGACAGACUACACACCAAACAAUGGACCGGGGUCAACGGUUGCUACGACACAAAGGGUUCUUGGUACGACUGGACGGAGUGCAUCUCCUUAGACCCGCAUGGAGACGAGAGCAGGUUGAACAUACUGCCAUAUGUCUGUCUGGACUGAACCGGAGCUGGAUGGUGUGUUUGCUGCCUUCACUCUGCGUGUGUGAAGGCACUUUAUUUAAGUGUACGCUGCUGUUUUGCACCGUUGUGAAAGUCAAUGUGCUGCCUGCUUGGGUGUAUGUGGAGCACAAGGGGUGUAAUCAGUGUUUUUAUGAGUUUUCGAACAUUUUUGUGCGGACAGCGUGAAGGAAACAGGCUAUGCAUUAUCUGACCAUUUAGUUUCUAGUGUUCAGUAAGUGUACAGGUUGAGUUCCCCAUUGGUGCCACUCUUUCUACGGGAGAAGACAUCACAUUAAAGUGCACAGCGACAUUUUAUCCGUCUUCUGUUUUCCACAUGCCUUGUGGAAUGUGACUUUUCUUCAUCCACUCACAUUUAGUCCACAGUGCAGUAUGUCAUUUAAAAGUUUGUUUAAAAAUGUGACUAAAUCAACGUUAUCUCCUUUCAUUAGAGAGUAAAUAGCUACAACAGGUUUUAGUUUGCUCAUGCAUCUUGAACAAGGCUGUUUUGCUGUUAAAGCUACCAUGCUAUCUUUCAGUAGCUAUCAUCAUUACCUUUGGUAUUAACAACUUUCAACUGCUGUGAAAAACAUCGCCAUCAUCGCACCUUUUUUAGAACAGCUGUUCCCGCAUUGCACAAAUAUCUCAUGCAGAUACUUUUUAGCAGAAAGAAUAACUGACAAAUCAGAUUUAAAACAUUUGGAUAUUUUUCUUGUGUUGUGAGGUUUGGCUGCUGUUAAACAAAGUGACAUGAAACUGCCAGAUGUGACUGAGCAGUUUGAGGCGAGAGAAGAAGAAAAAAAAAAAAGGCUUUUAUGAGGGUUGAACGGUGCACGCUGAUAAAGAAAUGUGGCUGUCAUGUAUGAUAUUUAUUUACAUAUUCAUUUUAAGAUUUAAUCAUGUUCAGACCACACUAAAUCUUUGUUAGAUGUCUUUAUCCGGGAUUGGUUCAGUGAUGCAGCGGCGACAGUCCAACCUUCUCCCACUGAAACACCAACCUACCUUACAAAGGAAAACUCUCUGAAAUGACACAUUCAGAUAAUGUGAACUAACUUUAUUUUAUACUUGCCUUUUCCCUUUACUGUGUAUUUAGGUUGUAAAAUAUGAAUUGAACAAGCAGAUUCUGCUACAAACUUGCAUCUUUGUACUGUCAGGAAGAACUGAGAUAUAAAUUGACAUGCUGGAUAAAGUACUUAAUAUCAUUCCUUUAGAUAUUGUUUGCCUUAUGGAAACCUGUGUUUUCCCUAAAGACAGAGCCUUAGUGAAUGUACAGAAAUUAGCCUUUUGUGUUCAGUUGAAUGCAGAAGAGAACAUAUUUGCUACUCAGUCCUUUAAGUGGACAUUGUUGAUAUGUGUUAAUAAAAAAAUGAAGGAAU